GGUUAAAUGAAGGAAGCUUGAUGAGGGAAAGAGCAUGCCACUCCUCUUCCAGCGUCCCCCUUGGUGGCCAGGGCAGAGCAGGCAUUCAGCUGCUCUUGUGGGAGAAGAAGGGACUUGCAAGAUCAUCUCCCUUAGCUCCCUCAUUUUCAGGAGGACAGGGACAGUGGUCCCCAGGAAGGGAAGGAGAGUCCAACCUAGUUUGCCUGAUCCCCCGUGGGAGGCUGAGGUUGCAAACAGACAGCUGCAGCUCCUUGCAGCUAUGCCACACACACAGCCUUUCUGAAUCAGAGGGUAUUAGUCUUUCCUUCUGAACUCUUGGGAUAUUCCUGUUUUGAUUUGGCUCUAGCAGUGACCACACCGAGUUAUGCAAAGCCUGGGAACAGUGAGGGCAUUAGGACCAGGAGUGACGCGCACGCUUGGCUCUGGGUUGUGUCUGGCAGAGGGCUCUCGGCUGAGUGGAGCUAUGUGUGAAAGGAAACCAGGCACUGCCUGCCGGCUUUACAUCUGUUGAUCUGACCUGACUGGAAGCGUCCAAAGAGGGACGGCUGUCAGCCCUGCUUGACUGAGAACCCACCAGCUCAUCCCAGACACCUCAUAGCAACCUAUUUAUACAAAGGGGGAAAGAAACACCUGAGCAGAAUGGAAUCAUUAUUUUUUUCCCAAGGAGAAAACCGGGGUAAAGGGAGGGAAGCAAUUCAAUUUGAAGUCCCUGUGAAUGGGCUUUCAGAAGGCAAUUAAAGAAAUCCACUCAGAGAGGACUUGGGGUGAAACUUGGGUCCUGUGGUUUUCUGAUUGUAAGUGGAAGCAGGUCUUGCACACGCUGUUGGCAAAUGUCAGGAGCAGGUUAAGUGACUGGCAGAAAAACUUCCAGGUGGAACAAGCAACCCAGGUUCUGCUGCAAGCUUGAAGGAGCCUGGAGCGGGAGAAAGCUAACUUGAACAUGACCUGUUGCAUUUGGCAAGUUCUAGCAACAUGCUCCUAAGGAAGCGAUACAGGCACAGACCAUGCAGACUCCAGUUCCUCCUGCUGCUCCUGAUGCUGGGAUGCGUCCUGAUGAUGGUGGCGAUGUUGCACCCUCCCCCGCACACCCUGCACCAGACUGUCACAGCCCAAGCCAGCAAGCACAGCCCUGAAGCCAGGUACCGCCUGGACUUUGGGGAAUCCCAGGAUUGGGUACUGGAAGCUGAGGAUGAGGGUGAAGAGUACAGCCCUCUGGAGGGCCUGCCACCCUUUAUCUCACUGCGGGAGGAUCAGCUGCUGGUGGCCGUGGCCUUACCCCAGGCCAGAAGGAACCAGAGCCAGGGCAGGAGAGGUGGCAGCUACCGCCUCAUCAAGCAGCCAAGGAGGCAGGAUGAGGAAGCCCCAAAGAGGGACUGGGGGGCUGACGAGGACGGGGAGGUGUCUGAAGAAGAGGAGUUGACCCCGUUCAGCCUGGACCCUCGUGGCCUCCAGGAGGCACUCAGUGCCCGCAUCCCCCUCCAGAGGGCUCUGCCUGAGGUGCGGCACCCACUGUGUCUGCAGCAGCACCCUCAGGACAGCCUGCCCACAGCCAGCGUCAUCCUCUGUUUCCAUGAUGAGGCCUGGUCCACUCUCCUGCGGACCGUACACAGCAUCCUCGACACAGUGCCCAGGGCCUUCCUGAAGGAGAUCAUCCUCGUAGACGACCUCAGCCAGCAAGGACAACUCAAGUCUGCUCUCAGCGAAUAUGUGGCCAGGCUGGAGGGGGUGAAGUUACUCAGGAGCAACAAGAGGCUGGGUGCCAUCAGGGCCCGGAUGCUGGGGGCCACCAGGGCCACCGGGGAUGUGCUCGUCUUCAUGGAUGCCCACUGCGAGUGCCACCCAGGCUGGCUGGAGCCCCUCCUCAGCAGAAUAGCUGGUGACAGGAGCCGAGUGGUAUCUCCGGUGAUAGAUGUGAUUGACUGGAAGACUUUCCAGUAUUACCCCUCAAAGGACCUGCAGCGUGGGGUGUUGGACUGGAAGCUGGAUUUCCACUGGGAACCUUUGCCAGAGCAUGUGAGGAAGGCCCUCCAGUCCCCCAUAAGCCCCAUCAGGAGCCCUGUGGUGCCCGGAGAGGUGGUGGCCAUGGACAGACAUUACUUCCAAAACACUGGAGCGUAUGACUCUCUUAUGUCGCUGCGAGGUGGUGAAAACCUCGAACUGUCUUUCAAGGCCUGGCUCUGUGGUGGCUCUGUUGAAAUCCUUCCCUGCUCUCGGGUAGGACACAUCUACCGAAAUCAGGAUUCCCAUUCCCCCCUCGACCAGGAGGCCACCCUGAGGAACAGGGUUCGCAUUGCUGAGACCUGGCUGGGGUCAUUCAAAGAAACCUUCUACAAGCAUAGCCCAGAGGCCUUCUCCUUGAGCAAGGCUGAGAAGCCAGACUGCAUGGAACGCUUGCAGCUGCAAAGGAGACUGGGUUGUCGGACAUUCCACUGGUUUCUGGCUAAUGUCUACCCUGAGCUGUACCCAUCUGAACCCAGGCCCAGGUUCUCUGGAAAGCUCCACAACACUGGACUUGGGCUCUGUGCAGACUGCCAGGCAGAAGGGGACAUCCUGGGCUGUCCCAUGAUGUUGGCUCCUUGCAGUGACAGCCGGCAGCAACAGUACCUGCAACACACCAGCAGGAAGGAGAUUCACUUUGGCAGCCCACAGCACCUGUGCUUUGCUGUCAGGCAGGAGCAGGUGAUUCUUCAGAACUGCACGGAGGAAGGCCUGGCCAUCCACCAGCAGCACUGGGACUUCCAGGAGAAUGGGAUGAUUGUCCACAUUCUUUCUGGGAAAUGCAUGGAAGCUGUGGUGCAAGAAAACAAUAAAGAUUUGUACCUGCGUCCGUGUGAUGGAAAAGCCCGCCAGCAGUGGCGAUUUGACCAGGUCAAUGCUGUGGAUGAACGAUGAAUGUCAAUGUCAGAAGGAAAAGAGAAUUUUGGCCAUCAAAAUCCAGCUCCAAGUGAACUUAAAGAGCUUAUAUAUUUCAUGAAGCUGAUCCUUUUGUUUGUGUGCUCCUGGUGUUAGGAGAGAAAAAAGCUCCAUGAAAGAAUAUAGGAAGUUUCUCCUUUUCACACCUUAUUUCAUUGACUGCUGGCUACUUUAAAAAAAAAAAAAAAAAAAAAAGGAUCCAUUGUACCGUUGUCUUCAUCACUGGGAAAUGAUUAUUACGUAGUACAGAAGAUUCUUUGUUUUUCUCCACUGAGCACUUAACAAUUGCUUUCUCUCUGGCCUGGACAUUCUCUGGCAGCACCUCCAGGAUACAUAAAUCCAAUGGAUCAAUUUAUUUGUCUUCAAAUGGCCUUAACUUGGAUUGUCUGUUUGGCCAACCAUGAAAAUUAAAGAGUGAAGCAGAUGUAAUGGCCUGACAUUCCAAAAACUCUGAAUUGGGUUUAUUAGCACAAAUGUUGUGUUCAUUUGUUGAGCCAUAUCUCAGAAGAAGGAAAGGAAGCUACAGAGAGGAGGUUUAGGAUUGCAGAGAAGAUGCAAGAGCACUUUGGCCGAAUUCUCCAGCUCAACCCAGCAGCUGAAAAGCUUCAAGAGAUCUGGGAAAAGACAUUUUCACGUUAAUGAGAAUUUCCACCAUUGUAGAGAAUUUCCUUCCUACUGAGAAUCUACCUCUAUUCCCCCUGCCCUAGCUCUUCUUUAACUUGGUUAACCAUAACCAUAACCAGAUUCCCUUGCAAUCGAUUUCUCUUUAGUUGUUGGUGUUAGAAGUACCAGCACAAUUUGAGCAUUCCCAUUAACAAAGCUGUUCACAGUUGAGAAACUCUCCUGCCGGGCACGGUGGCUCAUGCCUGUAAUUCCAGCACUUUGGGAGGCAGAGUUGGGAGGAUCACCUGAUGUCAGGGGUUUGAGACCAGCCUGGUCAACAUUGCAAAACCUUGUCUGUACUAAAAAUACAAAAAUUAGCCGGGCAUGGUGGCACAUACCUGUAAUCCCAGCUACUUGGGAGGCUGAGGCAGGAGAAUCGCUUGAACCCAGGAGGCAGAGGUUGCAGUAAGCUGAGAUCAUGCCAUUGCACUCCAACCUGGGUGACAGAGUGAGACUCCAUCUCAAAAAAAAAAAAAAAAAAGAGAGAAACUCUCCUGAUGCCCUGUUACAGGGUUUGCACUGACUGGAGCAGAAACAGCAACCUUUCUAAAAAAGCAAACCUUUUUCCUGGGAGCAAAAUGCCAGAGCCUGAGCCAAAAUUCUUAUGACAGGUAACAUUUGGGUGUUAAUGUCCAUGAGAGCUGACAGGGCCAUCUCUGAGCCCAUAUAACUGUCUGGAACCCCCAAAUGUGCCCACAGGUUGAAUGUCCAUGAGUGUGGGAAGAACACGGCUCAUCUGGAGCACAGCUGAGGCUAGUAAGAGCUAAAUGACUUUCCUUGCUAUGACUUGGCUUACCUAGUUCAGCCGUAAGAGUUGCCGAAUGGGAUGGGUUCUGCUAUUUAAUAAACAGCAUUCAUAUUCAGUUUUCCCCAGAUGGAGUUACCUACCUUUCCACAUGGUCAGCUUAGAAAUCUUCCCCUAAAGAUGCUAAUCUCCUUUGGGCUGUCUCAGAACACACUAUCCUUCAAAUAAGAAAAACUGAGUGGGAAGUGCAGUGUUUCCAAACAAUACCUAUCAUAACUACGUAUUCAUUGUCUACCUGCUAAGUCAAGGGUUCACUGCAUUUCUCCUUCCUCAGAAUACACUCUGGACCUGUGCUGUCUAAUAUGGUAGCCACUAACAAAAUGUGGCCAUUUUAAUGGAAAUCCAUUAAAAUCAAAGAAAAUUUAAAACUCAAUUCCUCAAUUGGACUGGCCACAUUUCAAAUACUCACUACCCACCUCUGGCUAGGGUCUACUGUAUUGGCGAGCACGGAUAUAGAACAUUUCAUCACAGUUCUGUUGGACCAAUCUAGAUAGAUUCAUUAUCCCGUCUAGAGAAGAGACUUUAGCCACUGUCUUCUUGCUUCAGACCCAUCUACAUUUAAAACAAAUUUCCCUAAAUCCUGAGACUGAGACAGAGCUACAAAUUCUCAGAUGGCGACCGUGUAAAUGGUAUUAGCGGCUGAAGAAAAAAAAUUUUUCAAGACCUCUGUUUUUUAACUGAACUUUAUUAUUGGCAUUGUGGGUCUUUGAAGUUGCUGGGAUAAAUUAAUAUAAUUAAAUAAAAGACUGAAUUUAA